AAAGGAGACUAGAUGCUCAAAAUCCAAACGAGAUUUAAAAAUUUGAAAUCAAAUAUCAUAGACAGUUAGAUCGAGAUGGAUAUUAUAUUAAUUUCUCUCUCCUUAACAACCCUCUUAGCCUUUAUGUUCCUAAAAUCGUUUCUCAGACAGACCACCACGACCAAACUUAAUCCACCACCAUCUCCGUGGCGGCUUCCGGUGAUCGGGAACCUUCACCAGCUAAGUCUCCACCCUCACCGCGCCCUCUGUUCACUCAGCCACCGCUAUGGGCCACUCAUGAUCCUGUACUUCGGUCGUGUCCCCACCCUUGUAGUCUCCUCAGCCGAUACAGCCCUAGACGCCCUGAAAACACACGAUCUAAAGUUCUCCAACCGCCCGGUAACAAAAAUGGUCGAUAAACUUCUUAAUAGUGGGAGAGAUUUGGCAUUUGCCCCUUAUGGAGAAUAUUGGAGGCAGGUUAAGAGUCUCUGCGCUUUGAAUCUCUUUAGCAAGAAAACGAUUCAGUCCUUUGGGUAUAUAAGAGAAGAAGAGAUCACUUUGAUGAUGGACAAGCUGGCAAAAGCGAGUUAUUCCUCUUCAACGGUAAACCUAAGCGCACUCCUCACCACCCUUACAAACGAUGUAAUAACUAGAGUUGUAUUGGGAAGAAAAUAUAGUGGCGAGGAAGGUGGAAAUAAUUCCAAUAACAUAGUGAGGAGAUUCAAUGAACUUUUGGGUACUUACCCUCUCGGUGAAUUCGUUCCUAGUUUGGCAUGGAUAGAUUGGAUCCAAGGUCUGGAUAAGAAAGUGGAGAAAGUCAAUAAAGAGAUUGAUGUUUUUCUUGAAAAAGUUGUGCAAGAACAUGAAGACGCAGACCAAGACAUGUCAGCUUUUGUUGAUAUAUUGCUAUCUACUCAAAAAGAUAAGACAACACCAUUUGAGCUUGACAGAGCCGGUUUAAAAAUUCUCCUCGUGGAAUUGUUGUUUGCGGGAUCAGCAACAACUUUCACACUGAUGGAAUGGACUAUGACGGAGCUAUUGAGACAUCCAGAGUGUAUGAAGAAACUCCGAGAUGAGAUUCUUUCUGUUUCGAAGCAUAAUUUAUAUGUGUCUGAGAAAGAAGUUGAGAAAAUGAACUAUUUAAAUAUGGUGAUCAAGGAGGUGCUUAGGUUACAUCCCUCCGGUCCACUAAUUCCCCGACUAGUUAGUGACGAUGUCAAAGUAAAUGGAUAUGACAUAGCUGCAGGAACAAGGGUUCUAAUCAAUUUAUAUGCAAUCCAACGAGACACUGCCACUUGGGGACCAGAUGCAGAAAAAUUUAGGCCAGAGAGGCAUUUUGAUUCUUCUUUGGAUUUUGAAGGACAAAACUUCAAGUAUUUUCCAUUUGGAUCAGGGAGAAGACGUUGCCCUGGGGAUGGUUUAGCAUUACCCUUGGUCGAGCUCACAUUGGCCAACCUUGUGAAGAGGUUCAACUUAAGAUUCGAAGGAGGGCCAAAGGGGGAUAAUAAGCCUGAUCUUCUUGAAGCAACUGGUCUCGAUGUUUGUCGCAAGUUCCCUCUUAUUGUCUCUCCAUUUUCUGCUACAAUAUCCUUGUAAGACUUCUCCAUAUAAGAGCAUAUAUGUUGCCAACUUAAAAUAGUCCAUUGUAUGUCCUUAUCUUUUGUUUAAACCGUGAUGUUAUACCGUGUGCCAUAUUGAAUAAGACAAGACUCAUGUUUUCUCUGUCUACCGUUUAUAUUCAACACUAUGUAGUUUUUAUAA